ACAACCUCUUUUCUACUCAUUUAGAUAGGGUGUGCGCGUGUGUGAGCUCAUCAUCUUGUUUUUCUCUGUGUCGUGCUCUUUUGGAUUAACAUUUGUUUUCUUAAUAUCAGACCCCCAUCUAGCGGACACAUCAUACCAAACAUGUCGAAUCCGGAAGCAGGAAACUCGAAUGGUUUUCCUAAAUUACCGCCUCCACCAACGGACAGUACGCAGCCAUCAGGGGCGAACGGAGCGACCAAUGCCACCAACAAUCGGCUGAAGCAAACGCAGGCUCAGGUUGACGAGGUGGUCGGCAUUAUGCGCGUUAACGUGGAGAAAGUGUUAGAACGCGAUCAAAAGCUUUCCGAACUGGAUCAGCGGGCCGACGCACUACAACAUGGCGCAUCGCAAUUCGAGCAGCAGGCCGGCAAACUCAAGAGAAAACAGUGGUGGGCGAACAUGAAGAUGAUGAUCAUCAUGGGCGUUAUUGGCGUGGUGCUGCUAAUAAUUAUUAUCCUGUCCAUCAUUUAUUAAUACACGACAUACUUGCAUUAUUAUACAUACUCAAAUAAUCGUUCUGAAAUCACACUUUGUGUAAGCAUUUGUUCCAAAUUGGGCACGAUCACGUGCAAUUAUCAUAGUUAGAAAGGGGAACAAUUCCAAUCACGUUCGUACAUAUCUAUCCAACAGUGAUUCUGUUA